AAAUACACUUCGUCGAUUGUCUAAAAAAAAAAAUGGGAAAAAGUUACUUUAAUGUUCAAAAGGAUAUGGCAUCAUUUCAAAAAACAUCAGUCAAAAUGUCAACUGUCCCAAAUUGAAAUUUGUUCAAUAAGCUUUCGCACAAAAUAUUCGCUAUUAGAUUUAUUACUACAGCAGUUUUCACCCUAAUCAACUGCCAGUUAGUUAUACUUUGCAAAUCCGAGGUACCUUAAAACGCUGCUUUGUUCAAACACGCUCAAAUAUGUCCAGCAACCAAAUGGAUGUGGAUGACACCGAUGUCGAGGAAUUUCAUGACAUCGAAGAAUUCUCCGAUGAAAUACCGACUUGCAGCACUACGCAUCCACAAACGAAGCGCUUCGUCGUGAAAAAGUGGCAGGCGCAGGCGCUUUGGUCGUGGGACGUAGCCGUCGAUAAUUGCGCAAUUUGCCGCAACCAAAUCAUGGAUCUCUGCAUUGAGUGCCAGGCGAAUCCGCUUUGUUCCGGCACUAAGGAGGAAUGCACGGUGGCAUGGGGCGCAUGCAAUCACGCUUUUCACUUCCACUGUAUUUCGCGUUGGCUCAAAACCCGCCAGGUAUGUCCGUUAGACAACAAGGAAUGGGAUUAUCAGAAAUAUGGCCGUUAGCCGGCAAGCAUCUAUUCUGGAUUUGCGCGCCACUAGGCUAUACGUAUGUAUGUAGAUACAUAUGUAUGUUCAUUUUUAAUUCAUCUCACCAAAUGUUUAUUUUGUAAGCACAUUCAUAUAUUUUGCGAAAAUACCAAAUUCUAAAAAAAAAAACUAAACAAAGUUUUUGGUUCAUUCAAA